AUGUAUUGGACAAUAGUGAUAGUUAUAAUUAUUGUAGUUAUAACGAUUUUAUUCAAAUGGAAAUCAUUGUCGUCGAUACCACUUGAUCAUCUAUUAAAACAGUUACAAAAAGCAGACACCUCAGAUAGUAUUAGAAAAUCAUUACUACAAAAGAUACACAAUGGUCAAAUAAAUACAUUGUUUGAUAAUUCAAUUCCAGAGAGUAUUAAUAUAUUAGAGCAGCAAUUAAUACCACUGUUAUAUAUUAAAAUGAAUACUUUCACCGGUGAAAAUUUAACAAAUUAUAAAGAAACAUUGGAUAUCUUGGUUAGAACAAAAGCGAUUCCAAAAUUGUUGUAUUUAAUAGCUAAAGAGAAUGAACCAUCGAAUAUUCUGAAAAUAGUUGAAUGUAUAACUAGAUUUGUUCAGCUUGGUGAUAAUGUCAUUCUCUUCAAUCAUAUCAAUGCGAUCGAUACGAUAUUCGAUGUAUUAAAGAGAUGGGAAUCAAAUAUCGACAUCGUAGAGCAAUCUUUAAACUUAUCAUUAAGUGCAAUUCACAGAGAUAAUGCUAUUGAUAGGAUAUCAGAUAAACAACAACAAGAGUAUAUCAAAGAUGCACUCACUGAGAAGGAAGAAACAGAAUCACUGUUUAACCAAUACAUAGAACUUGGUAUCUUGUCAAGUCUUUCAAAGUACUUGUCACAUUUCAAUCAUUUAAAUAUAGAUAGAAUUAAUUUAUUAAAUACAUUUGAAAUAGUUUAUAAAUUACUAUUAGAUCAUAAAGAAGAAAGAUAUGUACAUCAUAUUAUAGAUAUUGGAAUGGUAGAGCAAUAUAAAAGAUACUAUAGCAAUUACAAAGAUGAAAAAUAUAUAGAAGAUAUCACAGUAUCGAUCAUUAGAGGACUAGAACAACUUAUUGAAUCAGGAGAUGAGAGAUCUAUAGAUUCAAUCUAUAACACAGUCGCACUGAAACCUAUUAUCACACAUUGUUUAAAAGGCGAUCUACCAAACCAUCAGGAUACACAAGACAGUAUAUUAUAUAUCGUUGGUGACGUUGUGACUUUUGUUGUUAGUCGGGCACUUAAAAACAACAAUCCAAACGAUUUAACAAAUCUUCUUGAUUUAGCUGUCAUCGAAUAUCUAUGCAAUUCAUAUACAUUAUACCAACAAUCAGAUCCUCAAUACCACUAUAUAGAAUUUAUUUUCAAAGUUAUUUCACCACUUCACCGCAAACACCCAGAGCUAAUCAAAGAUAGAAUUAAUCGAUUUAAUAUUAAUAUUAAUUCUUCACUUUUAUCAUUAUUAAAAGAAUAA